GCGAGAGCGUGGGAACGCAGCUGUACAGUUCCCAGCCACCGCGUGCCGCCCACCCGGUGAGGCAGGCGUCGGGCAUCGUCUCUACUCAUCAUCGUCGGAUAGAAUCCACAGGUCUUCCCUCGAGGAUUAAACGUGAGUGCGGGUCGGCUUUGCUGCGCAGAACGACGCUGACUGCGAGGGCUGCAGUGAUUUGUGGCUACCGCACCCCCCACUAAAACAACACAAUGCGUCACGUCGCUGCCUACCUCCUCCUCCAGAUCGGCGGGAACGCCUCCCCUUCUGCCGCCGAUGUCAAGAAGGUCCUCGGUGCCGUUGGCAUCGAGGCUGAAGACGAGCGCCUUGAGAAGCUCAUCUCUGAGCUCGAGGGCAAGGACAUCAACGAGCUGAUUGCUCUGGGCUCGUCGAAGCUCUCUUCCGUUCCUUCUGGUGGUGCGGUCGGCGUGUCUAGCGGUGCUGCUGCUGGUGGUGCCGCAGCUGCCCCUGCUGAGGAGGCCAAGGAGGAGAAGAAGGAGGAAGAAAAGGAGGAGUCCGACGACGACAUGGGCUUCGGUCUCUUCGACUAAGCUCCUCGCAUCUUCCGAUAAAACCAUGCUUUGCUACUCGCUGUGUAUUGUUGGCCCUGUAGCAAUUAAUGACACCCGCGACAUGACAGUCCGUUGAACUCGGUGUGAUGAGCGCAUGCGCAAUUGGGCAAAUUUUUUGCGUCUGUUCCUCAAUAAAGGACUUGCCCCUGACCAAAUGAACGGGAUGACAUCCAUUGGACGGGCCUGUAAAGGGGAUGUACGGCACAAUCUAACCGGAUGCGUCGAUGUUGGGUGCGGCGCUGAGAUGGGUGCGGCGCUGAGAUAGCUGCAGCUGCUUCGGUGUCGGUUCGCGGCUUGUGCGCUGCAUGCGUGUUUGUCGUGGGCAGUCACCAGGCUUUGGGAGGCGCACUGGCAGCGGCUUGCGGCACCGAACGGGCGCGUCUGAGGAUGCGACGGCGACGGCGGUCUGGCCAGAUGGCCGGG